ACCGGAAAGAAACAAAGGAAAAACGAAGAGGAUGGGCAGGGAAAUCCGGGUCGCUACGCGGAAAUUCGGAGUUUUUAUUAUAAUCGAUCGCCAUCCUUAAUUGCAUUACCCGAAGAUUCAAACUUCGCAUGUUCCUUUCCGCGCAAGAGAUAGACCGAGUCCCAUCUCUCUCUCUCUCUCUCUCUCUCUCUCCUCCUUCAUUCACGUAUCAUUCAAAGGUCGGAGCAUUGAUGAUGAUGAUGAUGAUGAGGGCGACGGGUGGGAGUCCUCCGGUGAAUAAAAAGGAGAUAAAUUUGCGGUUUUGAUGCCUUGAUUUUUGUUGGGUUCGCGACAAUCUUUCCGCUCUCUGCAAUUCUCCCGUUCCAGUUCAUUGCGGAACCCGGAAAGGCUGUUGCUUUUUUGGCUCGGGGGUGGCUUUCGCUGGAUAUUCUUGCCAUCAUCUCUCCCUCUCUCCCUCUCUCCCUCGCUUCGGCCCCUCGAGGUUUUUCUUUCCGCAGCGAAAAAGAGAAAAGAGAAAAAAGUCGAUUCCUUUUCGAUUCCUUUCGGUUUGCGCCUUUGUCUUCUUCAUACGAACGCCAUUAAAUAACGAACCGCCCAACGUUUCCCGCAGAAAACCUGGGUUUCAGUUGAGACAGCGGGAUUUUUCUCGUGCCUCUCGGAAACCCUUUUUCGUCCUCCGCGUUUCCUCUCCGCGACUGGCGUGAAUUUCGGGCCCUCCCGUGUUUUGGGUUUUGAUUUAACGUGAAGGCUCUGGCAUCGAAUCGUCACGACUGUAGAAACAGGGGGUGGGCUUGUUUUCUUCGGUUUUGAUCGAAAGGAGGACGCUUGAGUUUUCUUUAAGGUUAGUGAAAAAGCAGAGAGAGAGAGAGAGAGAGAGAGAGAGAAGAACAAACACUUCCUUGUAACGGUUGCGUUUCGCAAUUCCUUGGAUCGUUGUUUCGGUUUUUUUUCUCUUCCUUCGUUUUUUCCAUUUUUUUCUUUUCCGUCGUCGAAUUGCCAACGAAGAAGAGAAGAAUCUUAGUGUCCUAAAGAAUAGCUGUCCAAAAGAGUCAAAAAAUAGUAUUCACUCAUCGAACCCAUCUUUUUGGUCCGAUCGUUCUGUGAUCUUAGAGAGGGGAAAAUUUAGUACUCCGACAAUCUCUCUCCCCUUCCCAACCUCGCCCUCUGUUUUUCCUCUGUUUUUCCUCUGUUUCUCUCCUCCAUUUUCAGGGUUGGGAGAGAGAAGUUGAAUUCAGGAAAAACCUCUCUCUCUCUCUCUCUGUGUCUCUGUCCGUGGAAUCAUGUUCGUUGACCAGGACUCAAUGCAAUCAAAUCUGGAUUGCUUCCUCCGAUGCAUAACGCCGGUCGUGCAAUCCCAAUCCCUGCCCAAGACUGAUAUUAGGAACCUUAAUCGUUUGUGGCACCCCUGGGAGAGGGAAAAGGUUGAGUAUUUCACGCUGGGCGAUCUCUGGCGUUGUUACGAUGAAUGGAGCGCCUACGGGGCUGGCGUUCCGAUCGUCAUGAGCGGCGGAGAGACCUUAGUUCAGUACUAUGUGCCCUAUCUCUCGGCAAUUCAGAUCUUCACCAGCAGUUCCUACCUGAACAGGGAGGAGGCUGAUUCUGGGGAUUGUGAGACGAGGGACUCGUUCAGCGACUCCUGCAGCGAUGAGAGUGAGAGCGAGAAACUAUCGAGGAUGGACGGAUGUUCGUCUGAAGACAGUGGGUUCGAGCAAGAUACUCUGUGGCCUCUGAAUGACAGAUUGGGCUACCUCUAUUUCCAGUACUUUGAAAGAUCAGCUCCUUAUGCCAGAGUCCCUUUGAUGGAUAAGAUAAAUGAACUGGCCAAAAAGCAUCCUGGUUUGAUGUCUUUGAGGAGUGUAGAUCUUUCUCCAGCUAGCUGGAUGUCAGUGGCUUGGUACCCAAUAUAUCAUAUUCCCAUGGGGAGGACCAUAAGGGACUUGUCCACUUGCUUCCUCACAUACCACACCCUUUCCUCUUCAUUCCAAGAUAUGGACAUCGAGGACGACGUCGAGUGUGCUCAGAGGAAGCGGAAGGAAGGGGAAGGCAUCGGCCUCCCUCCAUUUGGGCUGGCCACUUACAAGAUGCAGGGCAACGUGUGGGUCUCGGGCAAGAGUGGCCGGGACCAGGAGAGGCUGAUGUCGCUGUUGAGCGUGGCAGAUUCGUGGCUAAAGCAGCUCAGGGUCCAGCACCAUGACUUCGACUACUUCAUGGGGAUUCGGCAUGGCUAAAGUGCCAACUUGCGCGAAAAAGCGAAAAAGUGCGCCGGAGAGAUGUAGAAAUGACCAAGUAAGAGGCAGAGAUGAAACAGAAGGCCCCUUUUGGGGGAUCCGACAAUGUUAGGUUAACCGCGAUCUCAUGACGAGGCAUGUUCUAGGAGUCUACGUGAGAUAUGAACGUGAUGUUUGUCGAGUUUGAGGGUUGUGUUUGGUUUUCCGUUUCUAACCACCGUGUAGUGCCCAAGUAGUUUGUAGGCUUUCAAUUCCUGCAAUGUAGAGGGGGUUUGUAUCUGAGAAUUAGGAAGAAAGUAGAGAAAAAAGAAGAAAAGAAGAAGGCUUGGGGUGUUUUGUUUUGUGAGUUCUGUAGCUCUCGUGCGCUGUUGUGAUGGAUCUUGACUGGCUCUCAGAGGAUCAUGACCGUAGAUAGUUUGUCGCUUUAUGGCAUUCAUUGUAAAGAUCGAAAGUGGGGAAACGAUGAAAGUUGGAGCAUGGUUUCGCGAAUUAUUCGGUCUCCUUUGCAACUC